AUAGCCUUUUCAGCUUUCACUUUCAAACCUAAAGAAAUUACCUAUUUCAUGCUCUCAGAUUGUUAGCCGGUUAGGAUUUUGUGAGCGCUAAUUUCGGCUAUGGAGAAUGAGGAGCCAACGAAUUUCAGUUACAUGGGGCGGAAUUUCAGUGAUCUCAGUAUCGACAACAGUUCCUCAGCUUUCAGUGACUGCAACAGUGACAGAUCCGGCGAGUUCCAAACGGCGUCGUCUCAGAGCCGGCGGUUUUUAAUCGCAUGCGCUUCGGAUAACUCCGACGAUCUGAUUCGUCAGCUGGUCGGCGUCCUCGAGUCCGGUUCGAUUGAGGAGCAGAAGCAAGCGGCGAUGGAGAUCAGGCUCCUCGCGAAAAACACAUCGGAAAACCGUCUCAAAAUCGCGAAAUCCGGAGCGAUUCGGCCGUUGAUUUCACUCUUGUCCUCCUCCGAUCUCCAGCUCCAGGAGUACGGCGUCACGGCGAUUCUCAACCUCUCGCUCUGCGACGAGAACAAGGAGCUCAUAGCGUCGUCCGGAGCGAUCAAGCCUCUGGUGCGCGCGCUCAAGACGGGAACUCCGACGGCGAAAGAGAACGCCGCGUGCGCUCUGCUCCGUCUGUCUCAAAUGGAAGAGAACAAAGUCGCAAUCGGACGGUCCGGAGCGCUCCCGCUGCUGGUGAAUCUUCUAGAGAACGGCGGGAUUCGCGGCAAGAAGGACGCGUCGACGGCGUUGUACUCGCUCUGCUCGGUGAAAGAGAACAAAAUCAGAGCCGUCCAGGCCGGAAUCAUGAAGCCGUUGGUGGAAUUGAUGGCGGAUUUCGCGUCAAACAUGGUGGACAAGUCGGCGUACGUGCUGAGCGUGCUGGUUUCGGUGCCGGAGGCAAGAACGGCGUUGGUCGAGGAAGGCGGGAUUCCGGUGCUGGUGGAGAUCGUGGAGGUUGGGUCGCAGAGGCAGAAAGAGAUAUCGGUAGCGAUACUACUGCAGCUCUGCGAGAAUAACGCGGUCCACCGUAACCUGGUGGCCCGCGAAGGAGCGAUACCUCCCCUGGUGGCUUUGUCUCAGUCCGGCACUAAACGCGCCAAGCAAAAGGCGGAGACAUUGACAGAGCUUCUACGGCAACCGAGAUCCGGCAACGUCGCUGCACGAGCGUGAAGAUGAUUUGCUAGUGUAAAUUCCCAUUCUGCCCCCCAUACCAAGUAAGAUUGUACUCACACAAAAGGAAAAUACGAGAAGAAAGAAGAAAAAUAUCAAAAAAAAAAUGAAAAUGUAAAUAUCUUUGUGACGGGAGCA